AUGACACAUAUGAGACAGGAGCUCAUCAGAUUGCUGAAGACAAAAUGUACAUUGAAAAACAAACGCAAAAUUGUACUGUGGAUGCAAGAAAGAGGACUCUUACGACGUCACAUGCUAUGCAGAUGCAGUAAUUUGAUGCAUCUGAGAAGGUUGUCUCGCCACGAUGGAUAUCACUGGAUCUGCAGGAAACAUCGAGACCGUGCAGCCUCUGUCCGUAAAGGCACAAUAUUCUAUAGAUCACGCAGAAGCCUUCAGAACCACCUGGAGUUCAUUUACAGGUUUUCACAAGGAUUGCGGAUGAGACAGGUAGACCUCAUGGAAGAUGGUGUUGCAUCAAGCAGUAAGACGUUGUCAAAAAUGGCUUCAGUCAUGAGACAGGUCUGCUGCCGUGCUAUCAACAAACUUCGCAGCAGAGGAAAAAUGCGUGUGGGUGGUCGUCAUUCCUUUGUAAUGCUUGAUGAAAGCAAGUUUUCACAUAAAAGAAAGUAUAAUCGUGGAAGAAUUGGACCAGCCUGGCGGAGAAGCAAGAAGUGGGUCCUGGGUAUCCUGGAAAUUAGCCAAACUACAAGAAGACCAGUCCUUAAGAUUGUAGGAGGGCGCUCAAAAAAUGACCUGAUGCCCACAAUAAUCCGGCAUGUCAGGAGAGGCACAAGCAUUGUGACCGAUGAAUGGCGAGCCUACAGGAGAUCUCUAGUAGAGGAAGGCUAUGACCAUCACACUGUGUGUCACAAAAGACAUUUUGUACAUCCCAACCACAAGAGCUCACACACAACAUCUAAAGUGAGCAUGGCAGACAUUUAA